UUAUUAUUAUAUAUAUAUAUUGAUUGAUUAAAAUAGGAUAUGUUACUGCUAAGCUGGGAACCUGAGAAAGCCCCAAUGAGUUCAUUGAGGAAGGCAUCGGAUAUUGCAGCUCUGUUGCAUCUGAAGCCGCAUCCAGAUGGAGGUUUCUAUUCAGAAACCCUAAGAGACUCUUCCAUAAUCCUCAACAAGUCUCAGCUUCCUCCAAAAUACAAGGUGGAUCGCCCUAUUAGUUCAGCAAUCUUCUUCUUACUGCCAUCUGGAAGCAAAUCAUUCCUCCACCGUCUCCCUUGUGCAGAAACCUUCCACUUUUACAUGGGCGAACCUCACACGGUAUUUGAACUCCAUGAUAACGGUCAAAUUAAGCUGACAAUUCUCAGUCAUGAUUUAGAAGCUGGCCAUAAGCUACAGUACACUGUUCCACCUAAUGUGUGGUUCUGCUCUUUCCCUACACUGGACGUUCAAUCUUUCUCUUCUGAUGGUAGCGUUGUAGUGAAGGCUCCAUACAGAGAUCCUGAACUGUAUUAUUCUCUGGUUGGUGUCACCUGUGCCCCUGCUUUCCAGUUUGAAGAUUCAGAAACUGCUACUUUUGAUGACAUGAUUACUAUUGCCCCAAAGGCAAAUUCUUUUCUUAAAUACCUUAUCCGGCCCUGAACAUUUCAUGCAGGUGAGAGCUUUAUAAGUUUUGUUUUUUUGCUGAAGUGAAGUUGAUUCAGCUUAAGUUAUUGGAUGAAAGUUACUCGCUUUUUUAUUGGAGAAGAAUAAGAGGGUUUCAUAGAGCUUGUUUGCAGAUUUGAAUAACUGUUGUGAUAAUUUAGUUACCCAUCAAAUUCUUAGCAAGCAGUUUUCCAACU